AUGACGGGAGAUGUUGAUAAGUGGAUAGAGAUAGCAAAGAGGUGUAAAUACUUGCCGGAGGAUGAUCUGAGAGAACUCUGUAAUAUAGUAUGCGAUUUAUUACUAGAAGAACCGAAUGUUCAACCAGUCCAAACACCAGUUACUGUUUGUGGCGAUAUUCAUGGUCAGUUCUAUGACUUAGAAGAACUAUUCCAUAUAGGAGGACAAGUUCCUAGUACUCAGUAUAUAUUUAUGGGAGAUUAUGUUGAUCGAGGGUACUAUAGUCUUGAAACAUUGACACUGUUAAUGGCUCUUAAAGCCAGGUACCCGGACAGGAUAGUAUUACUAAGAGGGAACCAUGAGACCUGUCAAAUAACCAAAGUUUAUGGUUUCUAUGAUGAGUGUCUCAAUAAAUAUGGAAAUGCCAAUGCAUGGAAGGAUUGUUGCAGGGUGUUUGAUCUACUUACUGUAGCUGCGUUAAUAGAUGAGACAAUUUUGUGCGUUCAUGGAGGUCUGUCGCCUGAUAUAGCAAUGCUGGAUCAAAUCCGUUGUAUUAAUAGAAACCAACAGAUUCCUCACAAAGGUGCCUUUUGUGACUUACUCUGGUCCGACCCAGCUGAUGUCAAAACAUGGGCUUUAAGUCCCAGAGGGGCUGGAUGGUUGUUUGGCAGUUAUGUCACAGAUUUGUUUAUGAAUUAUAACAAUUUAGAACUAAUAUGCAGGGCCCAUCAACUUGUUAAUGAAGGCUACAAAUAUAUGUUUGAUAGAAAACUGGUGACGGUUUGGUCGGCACCUAACUAUUGCUACCGUUGUGGAAAUGUCGCUUCUAUUUUGGAGUUCAAAAGUGUGGACCAACGUGAUUUCAGAAUCUUCAAUGCCGUGCCUGAUAGUGAAAGAAAAGUCCCACCUCAACAUACCACUCCAUAUUUCCUUUAA